AUGCUCAGCUCCCUACUUUUUGUUGCACUUGCCCUGCAGGCUUUCUCUUCUCUCCUAGCAGUGGCUGCACAACUCCGUAUCACCAUCGACACGUCCCAUCAAUAUAAGCGCGUAGAUGGCUUCGGAGUUUCCACCUCAUUUCAACAAGCUCAGCAAAUCUACGGGAAAUAUGGUCUCUCACCAACGAACAGAACAAAAACCGACUACGACGACAUAAACGGCGACUCUCUGUGCGGAGUAACAAACACCUCUUGCGCAUCAGGAGACUGGAGACAAGCCUACGCCGAUUAUCUGGUGCAAUACCUUCUCUACUACAAAGCCUCUGGGAUCGAAGUCACACACGUAGGAUUCGUGAACGAGCCCGAAUUGUGUGAGAGAUACGCAAGUAUGAACUCGAACGGCAUGAAAUGCGCAGAUUUCCUACGCGUUUUAGCACCGACCCUGAAAGCAGCAGGUCUGGACACGAAAAUCACCUGCUGCGAUGCAACAGGCUUGAAAUCGCAAGCCAGAAUGCUUACCCGUAUCCAAGCUGCUGGCGCAGAGAAUCUUCUCUCAGUCGUGAGCUCUCGCGGCUACAGCUCGCCACUUAGCGGCACCUUAAACGCCACGCUGCCGGUCUGGCAAACAAAAUGGUCUGAUCUCUGUGGAAACUGGACGAAUGACUGCUACUUUAACCAUACGGCUGUGGGCGAUGGCGUAGUUUAGUCGGUUUGUCAGACCUGGCGCGGUGAGGAUUGAUGCCAGUGGUGGGAAUGAGGAGGUGCAUGUUAGUGUGUAUAAGAAUGUGGAUGGGGUUGUUGCGGUGCAGGUUAUCAAUAAUUCAGCGGAUGCUAUGGAUGUUGAGUUGACUCUCGACGGCGGGAAAGCUCUGUCAAGUCCAGGUGUUAUCUUGACUGAUAAUGAGAGUGAUUUGAAGGAUUCGGGCCAGAUUACUGCUGGGAAGAAUGGGGCUUGGGAGAGAACGGUGCCUGCAAGGUCGAUGGUGAGUUUGGUAGGGUUGUAGAUGUAGUGAUGGAGGAAAGGAGGUGCUGAACGCACGGUCCCCGGGCUAAAAGGCAAAAUAAGAUUAGAGGACGGGUCCUCGAAAUGCAUAGAAUAACACAAAUGAUGAUUUGAUGG